GGAAGGAGAAUGAAUGAGUAGGAGCAAGUGGCUGCCGGAUUUGUAACACCUUGGGAGGCAGCUGCUCCAGAACCGAAAUUGAAAGAGAGCAGGCGGGCUGGGAGCCUCCGCUUCACCUCUGCAGGCGACGGGGCCCUCCCUCCCUGUCCGACCUGAACUGGGGUUUUCAUAAGGCCAAGGCUGGAGAGACACAGCAUGGAGUUCGAGGAGAGAGUGAGUGUGUCUGCCGCCUUUCCCAGUGAGAACAGGAACUGGAGAGCAGCCAUAACCAGCAAACCACAGCAUUCAGGCAUCCUGUGAGUGGGCAGUUUUCUCCAGAAAAUAGCGAAUUUAUUCUUCAAGAAGAGCCAAAUCCACAUAUGUCGAAGUCAGAGAGAAACCAAAGACCGUCCAGCAUGGUCAGUGAAACGUCCACGGCCGGGACUACUUCCACCGUGGAAGCCAAGCCUGGCCCCAAGAUCCUAAAGUCCAGCAAUAAAGUCCACAGCUUUGGGAAGAGGGACCAGGCCAUUCGGAGGAACCCCAGUGUUCCCGUGGUGGUGAGGGGCUGGCUGCACAAACAGGACAGUUCUGGGAUGAGGCUGUGGAAAAGAAGGUGGUUUGUGCUUGCUGAUUAUUGCUUGUUUUACUAUAAAGACAGCCGAGAAGAAGUGGUCCUUGGGAGCAUCCCUCUGCCCAGCUACGUGAUCUCACCAGUGACCCCCGAGGAUCGCAUAAGUCGCAAGUAUUCCUUUAAGGCCGUGCACACAGGGAUGCGAGCACUCAUCUAUAAUAGCUCCAGCAGGGGCUCUCAGGCUGAGCAGUCGGGCAUGAGGACCUACUACUUCAGUGCCGACACCCAGGAGGACAUGAACGCUUGGGUCAGGGCCAUGAACCAGGCUGCACAGGUGCUAUCUCGAGCAUCACUGAAGAGGGACAUGGAGAAGGUGGAGCGGCAGGCGGUCCCCCAGGCCAACCACACAGAUCCCUGUCGAGAAUGUGGCCACGUGGGACCCGGACAUGCAAGGGACUGUCCUCAUCGCAGCUACGAGGAUUCCUACGGAUUUGAGAAGCAGGAGCAGGAGGACGACCGGUGCCGCUCCCAGAGGGACCCACUGGAGGGCAAGCGGGACAGGAGCAAGGCCAGGUCCCCGUACCCGCCAGCCGAAGAGGAUGCCUUGUUUGUGGAUUUACCCAGUGGCCCGAGAGGCCAGCAGGCUCAGCCCCAACGGGCAGAGAGGAACGGUAUGCUGCCUGCCUCUUCUGGCCCAGGAGAGCAGAAUGGGACUGGCGGGUACCAGCGGGCCUUUCCUUCCAGGACCAACCUGGAGAAGCACAGCCAAAGGAAAAGCAGCCUGGCCCAGGUGGAGCAGUGGGCAAAGGGCCAGAAGGGGGACGGCAGGAGCCUGCCGUUGGACCAAACUCUCCCUCGCCAGGGUCCCAGCCAGUCCCUGUCCUUCCCAGAAAACUACCAGACCCUUCCCAAGAGCAGCCGACACCCCUCGGGGGGCUCUUCGCCCCCUCCCCGCAACCUGCCGAGCGACUACAAGUACGCGCAGGACCGAGCCAGCCACCUGAAGAUGUCAAGCGAGGAGCGCCGGGCGUACCGGAACGGCACCGUUUGGCAGCUGUACGAGUGGCAGCAGCGCCAGCAGUUCCGGCACGGCAGCCCCACGGCGCCCAUGUGUGCCGGCUCCCCGGAGUUCACCGACCAGGGCCGGAGCAGGAGCAUGUUAGAGGUGCCCCGCUCCAUCUCUGUGCCUCCGUCUCCCUCGGACAUCCCUCCCCCGGGACCCCCGAGGGCCUUCCCACCCCGGCGGCCACACACGCCUGCAGAGAGGGUCACUGUGAAGCCACCGGACCAGAGGAGGAGUGUGGACAUCUCACUGGGGGGUUCUCCCAGGAAGGCUUGGGGCCACGCCACCAAGAACUCCUCGCACGUGGACCGACGCUCCAUGCCCUCCAUGGGUUACAUGACCCACACUGUCAGUGCUCCCAGUUUACAUGGAAAAUCGCUGGAGGAGCUCUCGCUGCUUCUCACCCGGUUACGGCGGCACCAGGCCAAGUUGGCCAGUGUGCGAAAUUUCGCCAUCAGCCAGUUACUGCAACACGACCUGACCUUUCCCACCUGCCAGGCUGAUGAUACCUACCUCCAGCUGAAGAAAGACCUGGAGUACCUGGACCUAAAGAUGACAGGCCGAGAUCUUCUCAAGGACCGAAGUCUGAAGCCAGUGAAGAUUGCUGAGAGUGACAUUGACGUUAAACUGAGCGUCUUCUGUGAACAAGACAGGAUCCUCCAGGACUUGGAAGACAAGAUACGAGCCCUUAAGGAGAACAAAGACCAGCUAGAAUCCGUGCUGGAGGUGUUGCAUAGACAGAUGGAGCAGUACCGAGACCAGCCCCAGCACCUGGAGAAAAUUGCCUACCAGCAGAGGCUGCUGCAGGAGGACCUUGUCCACAUCCGGGCAGAGCUCUCCAGAGAGUCCACUGAGAUGGAAAAUGCCUGGAAUGAAUACCUGAAGCUAGAGCGAGAUGUGGAGCAGCUGAAGCAGACCCUACAGGAGCAACACAGAAGAGCCUUUUUCUUCCAGGAGAAAUCUCAGAUACAAAAGGAUCUCUGGAGAAUUGAAGAUGUCACAGCAGGCCUGAGUGCAAAUAAAGAGAACUUCAGAAUCCUGGUGGAAUCGGUCAAAAAUCCUGAGAGAAAAACGGUGCCUUUGCUUUCUCACCCUCCUGUGCCUUCACUUGCAACUUCUGAGAGCAAGCCGCCCCCGCAGCCCAGCCCUCCCAGCAGCCCCGUGCGGACCCCUCUGGAGGUUCGACUCUUCCCCCAGCUGCAAACCUACGUGCCAUACCGACCUCACCCGCCCCAGCUGAGGAAGGUCACGUCCCCCCUUCAGUCACCGACCAAGACAAGGCCCAAAGUUGAAGACGAGGCACCUCCCAGGCCGCCGCUCCCUGAGCUCUACAGCCCGGAGGACCAGCCGCCGGCCGUGCCGCCUCUGCCGAGGGAGGCCACCAUCAUCCGGCACACGUCAGUGAGGGGCCUCAAGCGGCAGUCGGACGAGAGGAAGCGAGACCGGGAGCAGGGGCAGUGUGUGAACGGGGACUCGAGGGUGGAGCUCCGGUCAUAUGUCAGCGAGCCCGAGCUGGCGACCUUCAGUGGGGACGUGGCCCCUCCCUCCCUGGGACUCGUGGGCUCUGAGAGCAGGUACCAGACGCUGCCAGGCAGAGGGCUCUCAGGGUCCAUGUCAAGGCUCCAGCAGUCGUCCACCAUUGCCCCCUACGUCACCCUCCGGCGGGGUCUAGAUGCCGAAAGCAGCAAGGUGACCUACGCUAGACCCAAGAGUGCCUUGGAGCGCCUGUACUCAGGGGACCACCAGCGGGGCAAGAUGAGCGCGGAGGAGCAGCUCGAGCGCAUGAAGCGGCACCAGAAGGCGCUGGUCCGGGAGCGCAAGAGGACGCUGAGCCCAGGAGAGAGGACGGGGCCGCCUUCGGCCCGCGGCCUCGGCCAGCCGCUCCCCGGAGAUCUCGGCUCAUGGAAGCGUGAGCAGGACUUUGACCUGCAGCUGCUGGAACGGGCCGUACGCGGGGACAGGAAGGACAAGGAGGAGAAUGGCUGGCUGAAGUUGCAGGCUAUGCCUGUCACUGAGUUGGACCUGGAACCACAAGACUAUGACGUGGACAUCAGCAGAGAGCUCUCCAAACCAGAGAAGGUCUCCAUCCCCGAGCGUUACGUGGAGCUGGAUCCUGAAGAGCCGCCCAGCCUGGAGGAGCUGCAGGCGCGGUACCGCAAAGCCGAGAAGAUCCGUAACAUCCUCGCCCGGUCCAGCAUGUGCAACCUGCAGCCGACGUCCGGCCAGGACCGGGACAGCGUGGCCGACGUGGAUGCGCAGCUGCAGGAGCAGGAGCGCAUCAUCAACAUCUCCUACGCCCUGGCCUCCGAGGCCUCCCAGCGCAGCAAGCAGGUGGCAGCGCAGCAGCUGGCCCUCCUCCCGCCUAAAGCCCCCCUGUCCUCCAGGACGGUGCCACCUUACCCCCCCUUAAGCAGCGGACUGCACUACACCUUUGUCUAACACCGUCCAACCCAGGCAGUGACUGACCCGUGACCCAGCGUGCAGAGAAGUCUGGAGCCAGGGGCCAGCGGAACCAGUUUCCUCCGAGAAGAUUGAUCCUUCUUCCCCCGAGGAAACCCCUCCCAGCUCAGCAGCGCUUCAGGCUGGAGGACAGAGCAGCCCCUGGCUGUGGGGCGUUCACCACGGGGCUUAGGUCCUAAUACCCCCACUUGUUUUCGUUCAGACUCCUUUUUACAUGUGACGAAGGCACUUUUGAUACACACUGUAAAAUACUGACACUGUAUUUUAGAAUCAGGCUAUAUUUUAUAAUGUUCACCUCAAGGGCUGAGUGGCUGAGAAGGUGAGGAUGCAGGAUUUUGGAGCUGCACAUAGAGAUUCAGGUACCGUUUGGGUGGUGGGUGUGGGUGGGGGGCUGAAGGGCAGGGUGAGCAGAGGCCAGUCCAGCAUCUGCUGAACUCAGGUGAGGUUGGAUUGGAGAAGUGCUUACAGUGGAUCCCAGUGUAGGCUCAUCAGCGUGCUGUCCGGGGCAGUGAUCAGCCGUCCCUGACCCGGCCUGAUGACCAGCUCUAGAGGGUGAAACUCCACCAAGAUGGCACGUGGAGCCAUGGCCUUGGGUCUGGCUUAGGCCCAAUGGUGUGUGUCCAAGAACUUUGGUUCCCAAGCGGCCCAUGAGGUUCUCUCAGCAAAGGGCUCUUCUCCAAAAAAAACAAACAAAACAAAAAAAACCCAGUUCCCUUUAAUUAAAAAAAAAAAAUUAUAUAUAUAUAUAUAUAUAUAUAUAUAUAUAUACUUUGAAAUACAGAAAAGGUGAGAAGAGGCACCUGUGAUUUGUAUCAUAAGCAAUAAAUGUGACACUGGGUGGCAUCUACCUACAAUUCCCUGAGUUCAGACUGGGCUGUGAUAGGAAUCCUGGGGUCUUUGGGGCCUGCCCUUGAGAACACAGGUCAGCUUUCCCAGGACUUGGGGCAGGUGGCAGGAGGGCAGGCAGCAGGCCCCCACCCUCCCUGAUGGCCUGCAGGGCCACGAUGACAGGACUGUGACUUGACUUCCAGCCUAAAAUGGGGAGGGGGAAGUGUUUGUGGCCCUUUACGGAAGUCAUGAGCUCAUGAUAUUAUGCAUACAGAAAAUUAGAUUGAAAAGGAAAACAAAAACAACAACUUCAUUGGGUGGAGCCACACGUUACAUGAAAACUUGUCUUUGACUGUGGUCAGAAAAAUAAUCCUGAAUAUAUUUAGAAGUUGCCGUCUAUUUUUAACGAACUCCAUAUGCUGCCAGUAUCAACUUCAUGACAUUUGCCAAAAUAAGAUUUUAUUUUUGCCUUUAUAAGAUUUUGUUGGAAAAAUGAAAUGAAUAUUUUGCAAGAAAAAGUUAACUUAAAUAAAACUGUAAUGGUUUGCAAAAAAAAAAAAAUGUGAUGUACAGAUUAAAAUAUUA